AUGCAACUUCGCAGCACUCCCUUCCUCCUCGCUCUUGCGGCCGGCAUGGCUUCUGCAGCUGACCUUCGCGGGUACUUUGAAGGCAAUUGCGGAGGCGGAUACCUCCAGUGUGGUAAUGUGGGAGCUGGGACCUGCUGCAUCAUCCUACGCGAGAAUGGGCUCCGCGGCUCCCCGUCCAUCGCCGUCGUCUUUGCCGGCACAGGUACCCAACUCUUCGGGUAUCAGCGCACACGUGACGGGAACUCAUGCGGGUCUAUCGCAGCGCAGAAGGCUACGGGCGGACUGAGUUAUACGUGCCUCGACAUCCCCGCUGGGACCGGCGAGUUCUCCGGCACCCGUUGGUACCCUCCGGGUCUCUUCCUCAAGCGCUCCCCGGCGACCUCGUGCGCUCCAACAAGCACGGAGGAAUGCACUGGGCUCGCCACACCGGACCUGGUUGUGCUGAAUGACGGACAUGCGUUCGGGCUGACGGGUGUGGAUGACGCGACUACGGAGGUGCUGUAUGCUUUUGCGGCGAAUGGGUCGACGGUAGCAGAUUUGCCCGAGAGCGUUGCUGGGCUUGAGGUAGAUGGGGAGGGCGUGGAGGCGAGAGUGAGGAUGAUGCGGAACUAG